AUGAUUGCGACGAGUAGCAGUACUGCUACUGGUACAAAGAAUCAGUCGGUUGUUGCGGUGCACGGUAGUGCGGCAACGUCGUCGUCUAGCACUGCGAGUGGUGGACUGUUGCCCCACGAGGGUCACUACAAAGAUACGGCGGGUCUCGGUUCCAUUUCCGGUUCGAUCCCCAUCGUUGGUGGAGUACUCACAGUCAACGAUUGCCGUAAAGACGUCGACGUGUCGGACGUACGUCGGUUGUCCCGCAAAUCGAUACCGAAGACGACAACAUCGCGUCGAGGGAAUUCGUCGCCGACAGAGCCGGACGUUCACGAAUCUUCCGAAUCCUCCUCCUCCGCCAGCAGUAGUAGUAGUAGUAGCGCGACAGACACCAACAACGAGGACGAGGAGGAACACGACGAGGACCAUUCGCCAGUCUCAUCGAAACGAGUUUCGGUCGAUUGUGCGGUAUCCAUGGAGUCCGCCUUGGCGAGUCCAGCCGUGCCCCACGUUCCCGAGUCCGUCCCGCCGACGGCCCAUUGUGCGGCGACCCAGACCGAUGCCCUUCCCACGGCCGGAACGGGGACUACACGAACCCCCCACACGGGUUCCCCCGCGUCGGCGGGAACGACGCAGACUCUACUCGUCCCGCCGCACGUGGCGGUCCGGGUCAUCAAGGGCGAAAUCCAUAACGUCCUUACCGUUCUACGCGCCGAUCACCGCUAUUUAUCCCACGAUCGAUUCCUACGGGAGGAGGAAGAAACCCGACACGUCGUCGUGGACGAAUUGCAACAUUUGCACGAGGCAUUGAGUGUGUGGAAAGACACCACUCGUGACGGUACAAUCGAGACCACCCACGAUCUGCCACCGAGUGGGGGACUGCCUUCGUGUGCGACCUAUCUGCCGCCCUUUUUGCACGCCAUACAGGCCCGAGAAAUCUCCGCUCCCGUCACGGGGGCCGCCUUGAACGCGAUUCAUAAGUUCCUCCUCUACGGAUUCCUAUUGCCUCUGCCCCGUACAGACUUUACGGAUGUUUCCCCCACAGCGGAAGCCACCCGGGGUAUGACGAUGAUUGCACAAGCCUUGCUCCAAUGCACCUUUGAAGAAACCACCGCGGCGGACGAAUACAAGCACCGAAGGGGGUUGUCGUCGAUGCACACGGCUGGAGGGCUGGCGCAGCCACGGGGCGCCGGGAGUGCGGCCAACGCCGCAGCCAAGCAGCGCCAGGCCGCACAAGACGAAAAGGUCGUUCUUAAAUUACUCGAACUGGCCGCCCUGGUGGUCCGCUGUGGGGUAGAUUUCGACCGCCAAUUACUCUCCAGUGGACACAUUGUGGGCUUACUCGAUACCACCUUACACGUGUCGCACCGGGCCAGUCGAGCCAGUCCCUUACUACAGUCCGCAGCCUCCGACGCCUUGGCACAAAUCGUCCUACAAGUGUUUGCCACCACCAGCAGUAGCACCGCAGCUGUUACUGACAACCAAGGCACCAGACAAACGACCGCUCGUCUCGAGAUUUGGCAACAGCUCGCCAAUUUGCUCAAUCCGGCAACGCACGAUGAACGUGUGACUGUAUCGUCAUUGACAGCCGUCAAUAUCGCUUUGGAAACAUGUCGGGACGAUUUGAUGCCGGAUGAAAUUAUCCUUUUACAGAAUCAAGUCUGCAAGUACCUCUUGCAGUGGAGUACUUCGCACGAUACGCAAAUUUUAAGUCUGACGCUUCGUGUUAUCUUUAAUCUCUUUCAAUCGAUUCGGAAUCAUUUGAAAGUCCCACUCGAAGUCUUUCUUACGUCAGUACAUCUGCGCUUGCUGGAUACCACGUUGGAUGAAGAGCGUGAAAUCGCCCUCGAGAGUUUACUCGAAUUCUGUCAAGAACCAGCGUUGAUGCAGGAUUUGUACCUCAAUUAUGAUUGUGACGUUGCCUGCAGUAACUUAUACGAAUCGCUCGUAACGGCCUUGGGCAAAACCGCCCAACCUGUAGGAUACGAUGGUAACCACAAACGGCGCGUGGGACAAACUGAUGUGAUUGCGUUGGAUGCGUCUACCAACUCGGAGGCUUCCAGGUCGCGUUUUGCAACAGCAACAACGGCACCUGCGGUAACUCACUUGUCCAUUUCUCUCGCUGCGCCGCCUUUGAACUUACUGAAUCGCCUCGCCAUGGACGGGUUGUUGGCAAUUUUGGAUUCCAUUGUCAGGCGUUGUGACGUUGUACCCCUAUCAACCGAAACACAGCAGCUCAGGUCAUCAUCUCUGGACCGCGUCAAUGGCAGUCAUGGCAGUCUCCAUUCGUUCCGAACACUGAGCUCUGACGAUAUCAUGAGCGAAGACGAGCUUGAUUAUUCCAACCAUCUAACCGAAAGUAUGUUGCACGAUCGAAAAAAACGCAAACAUGCGUUGACACGGGUGGCAACCAUGUUUAAUCAAGAUCCCAUGGGAGACAAAUGGCGGAUGCUGGCUGUCGAACAAGGUGUGUUGGAUAGUAAUAUUAGUGUGCAUGGAGUAGCAGAACUCUUGCACACGGCGCCAGGCUUGGACAAAUCACAAGUCGGUAUAUUUUUAAGCAAAGGACCGGACAAGGAGUAUCCUUUCCAUGCUGAAGUCCGAGCCUCUUUUGCUAGCCUCUACGACUUUGCGGAUCUACCUUUUGCCCUGGCCUUGCGUAAAUUCUUGUCCAAAUUUCGGUUGCCCGGCGAAGCUCAGUGCAUCGACAGAUUUAUGGAAGCCUUUUCCAAAGAACUCUACCAUCAGCAAGGAGCGUCAAUUUUUGCCAACGCUGACGCUGUCUACGUCCUCGCUUUCUCGACAAUAAUGCUGAACACAGAUUUACACAACCCGACAAUCAAGGAGGACAAACGAAUGACAUCUGAUCAGUUCGUUCGAAAUAAUCGUGGGAUCAAUGGUGGUAAGGAUUUGCCAGCCGAAUUUUUGAAGGAUCUAUAUAUUCAAAUAAAAGAGAAUCAGAUUCAAGUACGAAGGGAAGUGGGGGAUCUUGUAUCAAGGCAUGAGCACGAAGAUACUAGAGCUGCUUGGGAGAGUAUCCUGGCCAAAAGCAAGGAAGUCGCAUCGCCUUUCUUUACACCCGCAGGCCGAACCCGGCGCCAAGCCUCGCGCUCUGGACUACACGAUAAGGAAAUGUUUGAAGUUCUCGCAAUUGCAGUCCUGCGUUCCUUCCCUGGUAUUUUCGAGCGAUCGUGGGACGACGCGAUGGUGGUUAAAGCGUUGCGUGGAUUGCAACAAACUGCAAAACUAGCAGCUCAUUUUGACAUGAACUCGGUAUUCAAUGAAAUUCUCGAAUUUCUUCUUGCGAAAGGGCGCGAUUAUGUAACCGAAUGCAUAACCAUGGACUGCAUCCAUAUGGACGGGGACACAUCAGUUGUCUCCAAUUCCAAGACAGCUGUUUCCAACGAGACUAUGGACGACGACGAAACAAAUGUGCCUGAAACAGAGCAACCAAUUCCUGAAGGGUUACUGUGCUCAAGCUCAUCACAUUCCUAUGAUGAUAUUACUGGUGCAGCCGUACAUCGUGGUCUGCUGGCGUUUGAUAGUGGAUUUGUAAUGGUCCGAAAGAAUGCACGGAGAGUGGUUGGAGCCUGGCCAUUGUUUGUCGAGUGCAUCUGCGCGCUUCGCGAUGCCAAAGCUCUACCAGUGGGUCUCUCUGAUCUGGAUGACUUUGCAGAUAGCAGUGGUAAUGUUCUGCCUCUGUCACCGUUCGCAAAGAAGUCAAAACGGAGUUUAGAAAGCUACUAUAGGGUAAAAGCCGACCCGGACGUGUCCGAGAACAGGAAGGGAUGGUUCCGAGCUUUCUUCAAGAAGAGCAGCAAAGCAUCUGAUGACGACUCGCUUGAUGAUCACCUAAGCACUGUACCUGACAAAUUCGAUGCGUCAUUGCACGCCAAAGUUCUCAUGGCUAUAGCCGAAGCGGCCGAUAUUGAAAAAGUUGUUCAGAUGGGGUCGGCUAUGCUUCCCAAUGCGGAGACAAUCAUUGCCUCAUUGCUACAAUUUGUUGAAAAAUACCCAUUCGACUCGAAUCCGAUACAAGAACAGCACGCAGUCUUUGGUCUGGAAUUGGCCGCCCGCAUGCUACUUUCCAACAGGCGUCAAGCCCCAUCUUUGUUCAUGAUGUUUCUAAAAACGUUUGAGAAGGUGUUCGAGCUAGUUUCGGACACGAAUGUUCCUUCACCUUUUUUUAUUGAGCGUAUUGUUGUUACUGUUUUACGCUCAAGCAUUCAUUUGUAUGACUUUGACGAGCUCCGUCCGCAUUUGCGCGCUUCACUGCAUUUGCUUACGAUGACUUUGCCAAGAACCUUUGUGCGGCAAAUUGCUGAUCGAAUGGCUUGUGGUUUAGCAAUCAUUUUGCGUGCCAGCUACCAUUUCUUCGAAACACCCAACGAUUGGGCCUUUAUGGGGGAUACGCUUGACAUGCUCGCAAACCAUAGUGUGUCGAGAGUUUUCGUUUUCGACGGAAUAGCAUCAACCGUAGAGCAUGCGAUACCAGUUGAGACAGAACGAGCGGCAAAGGGCAGAGAAGAGCGUCCUUCUCUGUCAAAAGAGGCAUCUAGUGCUCUGGCAAGGAUCUUGACGCGAUUUGUGUUAGGAUUUUAUCAGCGUGACUUGACUUUGCAAGUCCCAGCCAUGUUAUGUUUGGAAAAAGUAUAUCGACACAAGGUCGAUCUUUUGUUAGACGCAGCUGUCAAAAAGACAAGCGCCGAAUGCGGUAGUAAAGAUUCAGUCUCCGAGUUUGACCCGCUUGCUUCCGUACCUGACAAGGAUCUUUGGCAGAAUAUUGCUGUUGCCGUCUACUCGGUUUGUCGGUCCGUUGACGUGGACGUGUCUCGGAACGGCGUGGAAUGUUUUCAGCGCAUAAUUCUACGAACAGGCAUUGACCAGAUAGCGCAGGAAAAAUGGGUUGCAGUCUUGUAUUUAAUAAUCAACAAGCAGCCGCCUACGACUGCAGACGUUAGCCGCGGCAACACGUUCUCCUUGCUCGGCCAAUUGCUGAAUAUGGUGUUGCCCUCCCUAAGUUACAGCAAAGACAAUCGCGAUGAUCUUGUGGAUUUGAUUCACGCCACGGCUUCUCUAGCACAGGACAAUCUUCAACAGGGAAGACGCGGUAGUGUUUCUCCCUUAUUUCAAAAGACGCUUCAGACCGUCACGUAUCUGUCCAAUAAUAUGGUGACAGAGGAAUGGACAGGCGAGCCCGAAUUCAGCGCUUGGGCAAGUGAAACUUUAUUGCAUGAACUCGAAAAGGUUGGAGCAGCUGGUGCAUCCUUGAAAAACCAAGAGGCAAUCAAACGGCCUGCUGCUACUCCACCGGCGGCGGCAAAGACGACACCAACGGUUUUGCGCUCAAAUACAGGGGAACAUGCACAAGAGACAGAGACGCACAUUAAACGAGAAAAAGAAGUAGAAACAGAAAUUGAAAAGUCAGUGAUCCAUGCGAGCGAAGAAUUGGCGGAACCUAUCGAAGACGAAACGGAGGAACAUUAUGCAAGUGACUUUGAGGAAGAUGACACGGAAACUUCCGAGCAGUAUCUGUGACACAUAGAAAAUAGGAUGAUAGAAUCUUCAUUACGAUUCGUUU